ACCAAAACUCGGGAGGAGAAAGUGGAGGAAGCAGAAGAGGAUGACAUGGCAUAUGGAGACUUGGGAAACGGCCUCGGGAAAAGACCCGGAGGUGUUUAUGAAGGGGAAAAUUUACAGAGCUGCUGUUCAUUUAAAUCUAGGAAGGGGUCUGGAAAGGCUUGUCAUUCUCUCUUGUCAGCAAAGAGUGAAGAAAGUGAUGCUGCAACUCUUCCUGGCUCAAAACAAAACAGUUUUUACAAUGGAUCAUCAAAAAAGCCUGUUACUAGUUCCACACGACAGCGUAGCUGUGAAUCUAAUGCUGAAGUACCAAAUGAAGAACUAAAGCAACAACUUUGGGAGGCUCAAGAGGAAGUUGACAUUUUGAAAGUUGAGCUUGAAGCAUCUCAGAGACAACUUGAAGGAAAAGAUGAAGCCCUAAGAAUUCUGCAGAGCAUGGCAGUAUUUAAUAAAGCCACUAGUCACACAAAAGAAAUGCUUCAAAAGACUGAGGAAGAAAAGAGAACUUUAGAAAAGGAAAUAAAUAUUUUGCAAUGGGAAAUUGAAUUUGAUCAGGAUCGAUUUAAAAACAUAGAAGACACAUGGACAGAAAAAUAUGACAGGAUAUAUUGUGAAACUGCAGCUCUUAAGGAAGCAUUGAAAAUGAGAACAGAAGAAGUUAAAACUUCUAAAGCUGAAAAUGCAAGUAAGCCGCCAACAGCUUUUUCGCUUAAUGUGUUGUUUCUCAGGAAUAAUGCAGUAUUUAGCUAUGAAGGAAGCUUUCUGCUGGUAAAAGUCUCUUUGUUACUGGCAGAUGAUCUUAGUGGCUGUGCAGAAGCCCUUUUUCAAUGGAAAAGUUGUCUUUGGUUUGUUUUUUUUUUCCUCUUAAAAAAUGGUGAAAAUCUGAAGAAGAGUAAAGAUGAAGCUUUAUGGCAGAUAAUGGCAGAUACUUUCAGGAUUGCAUUUGAGCAGCAGCUAAUGCAGAGGAAGGACCAAGCCCUGAGGCUUGCAGAAGUGAUAAAGAUUAAGAAGGAAACAAGAUUUAUAAACUGGAGACGUCUGAAAUACGAUGGGCACAUCAAGUUACAAGGGAACAAGAGCAGUCUGGGACAAAAACUAUCCAGCCUGCUCUCAUCAGAGGCGGAUGGGAAGAAAGUUAAAGAGCUGGACAAUCCUAAUGAAAUCCUGAAGAUGUUAAUAGAUCUGGUAAAUGACAAAGAGGAGGCUCUGGCUCAUCAAAGAAAGGUUAGCUACAUGCUAGCUUGAGCAAUUGAGGCAAGAGAAGAUGAUUCGGAACAGGAUACAGGAAACGGGAUGCUAAUGUAAUCAUUAGUACAAAAUACAGGAGUCAUCGGCCCCGAAUGUGCCUGCUGCCAAAACCUUUGCUUGCAAAGCAGUGUUUCCCCAGUUCACAGUGCAAAACCUGAAAAUCCGGUUAAAAUGCUUCAAAAAUCACACUCCUGGCCCUCUGAGAUUACACACUGUGAAGAAAAUGAUUCACGUGGAAAAGCAGAUGAAACUGUGGUGAUCUCUAUAUAGCCAUCUGUGGCAAUAAAUCUAUUUUUUUUUUU